AUGGCAAGGAAAUGGCAGAAAUUCGCAGCGAAUCAAAGGAAGAGAAUUUCUUUUCAAAGACCCAAUACCAAUGAUGCAAAGAGUUGCAGCACAUCAGCUUUUGUAGUUGACAAAAAUCAUUUUGUGGUGUAUUCAAUAGAUCAGAACCGAUUUGUGGUUCCGUUGACUUAUCUUCAACAUGAGGUAAUCAGACAACUGUUGCACAUGUCUGAAGAAGAGUUUGGACUUCCAAGUGAUGGCCCCAUUACGUUACCGUUUGAUGCACUAUUCUUGAACUACAUUAUAUCUCUCAUUCGAAGAGGUGUAUCUGCAGAUUUUUGA